AGGGCCGCGCUCGGUCGGGGCCACUCACAGUCCGCGCGCUCGAGCUCCGCUAUACCAUGGCGCCCGCCCGCUCGCUCGCGCUCCUGUUGCUGCUGCUCGUCGGCACCCCGGCCGCUACCGCAGAGUCGAUCCGAGAGACUGAGGUCAUCGACCCCCAUAAUCUGCUGGAAGGCCGGUACUUCUCUGGAGCUCUGCCUGACGAUGAAGAUAUUGGGGGGCCGGGGCAGGAACCUGAUGACUUUGAGCUGUCAGGCUCUGGAGAUCUGGAUGAUUUGGGAGACUCCAAGACCAUCUCUGAAGUGAGCCAAUCCUUGAUACCUCUAGAUAACUACAUCCCAGAGCAGGCAGGGCCUGGGAGUUGGGUCCCCACCGAACCCAAAGAACUGGAGGAGAACGAAGUCAUCCCCAAGAAGGAGUCACCAUUUGAAGGGGAGAAGGAUGUGUCCAACAAGGUGUCCAUGUCCAGCACUGCCCAGGAAAGCAGCAUCUUUGAAAGAACUGAGGUGCUAGCAGCUCUGGUCGUGGGCGGCAUUAUGGGCAUCCUUUUUGCCGUUUUCCUGAUCCUGCUGCUGGUGUACCGCAUGAAGAAGAAGGACGAAGGCAGCUACGACUUGGGCAAGAAACCAAUCUACAAAAAAGCCCCCACCAACGAGUUCUACGCAUGAAGUUUCCCCGCAGGCUCUGCUUGGACUUCAGUAGGGAGGGAAGCCAAAGGAUUGUGAAUGGUGGGCAUUCAAGUAAGGAGAGGGCACCUUAUUACUGACCCGUCAGUGUCUCCAGCUCUGGUCACCUUUUCAGUGUCAGAAGUGACAUCAUCUUCUACUGUGCUGCCUAUCUCUUCCUGAUUCUUUGGGCUGGAGUUGCCCUGGGAGUAAAAUGGGGUUAAACUUGGCUUUUCUGAAGGCAAGCCAUGGAUUGGGUCAUUGGAAAAAUUUCCAGCUUAGAAUCUAGGGUGUUUUAGAACCUGUACUGAGCAUGACGAGGUGACAGUGCGUGGGUCCUGGCUGGAGGUCUGCCCCGGCUGCCUUCUUCAACACUUUCCAGCCUGUCCCUCUGCCAGGAAUCAGGAGAAGGAGCUGGAACUUUCUGUACCCUGCAGUGUACCCAGCCACAGGUACUUGUGAUCACACUCUAGGACUCUGAUAUGUCUUUGGGCCGGGAGGCUGUUUUGAGUGACUUUUGGAAAUCAGCCUUUUUUCAUUUGGGGAGGGAGGGGAGUGGUACUGAAAGCUCACGCUGAAAUGGAUUUGUAGAUUAUUUGUAAAUCUGUUUUUCUCUCUUUUUUUUUUUUUUAAAAGGUUCAUUCCUCUGUGCAGAGUGUCUCUGCGCAAGUGUGGAGAUACAGAGAUAGUCUUAACUCUCAGGCAUUUCCACGGUACCUGCUAAGUUUGUAUUUAACAUUUUUGUUCUGUUUUGUUUUGUUUCUUGAAAAUGAGAGAAGAGACAGAGAUAUGAUUUUUAUUAUUUUUUUUUUACUAUUUAUACUUCAGAUAGUACCUCUCUUGUUCCUUUUUUGCUCUCUUUUUUAAGCCCCUUCCCCAUUUAAAAAAAUACUUCACACUCCCCUGCUCAUGACCUUGGUCCUUUCUGAUUCAUCUGAAAGUAGCUUUUGCUGAAACACAGUUUUGUAGCAGCUCUCAAGAUCUAAUGUAGAGGAUUGUGGGGUGUUUUGUCUUGUAAUAUAUUAUUAUCUCUUGGUUCUAGAAAAAUAGAUAAAUAUAUUUUUUCAGGAUAUAGUAUAUUUUCAGUUUCAUGUUGACUGGGUGGCUGAGUGAGUGAAUUUCCGUGUGACUGGGUAGGUUUUUGCCUCUUUUUCUUGCCCAGUUCUUGGUGCCUUCUGAUGGGCUGGAAUAGUUGCAGGCAGGUGAUUUUAACCCUCUCUCGGCCUUCUGCUGGGGCCCUGGGGCAGUGGUGGGGAACCUUUGUCACAUGAGCCACAGCGGGCUGUUUUUGUCAUCACUGAAAGCUCUGAAAGGUUUGCUGUCACUGUCCUUGGGUUUGCCUUCUUCCCACUCUGGCCAUGCUGUCCAGUUACAGUGUCCAGCUCCUCGGUUGCACUGACUGCAUUUCCAGUGCCGUUGCCACAUGAGGCUCAUGGCUUGUUAUCUUCCCUGUGGAGAGAACAUUUCCACCUAUGGGAUGCACUGCUCUAGAAAACUGGCUUAGUAAGUAACAGCUCAGCUUGGCUGGAAUGACCUUUGCCACCUUUGGGCAAGGGAGAGGACAGGGAUGGGGGCUGAUGGCUCCUGCUGGGGUGUGCUGUCUGGGACUCCUCCCGUUAGAGAGGAGAGGGUGGGUGGCUUAGCUGGGGUAAGCUGGGUCUUCUGCCCCCACUGGCUGUGGGGAGGGGGAUCCUCUCCCUUAUUCCACCCAGUGGCUGUUAGCUCCCAAAAUGUCCCCAACCCAGGUGCGCAGCUGCCUGGGUUCUCCUCCAGCCCCGGGACCCUUUUCUUCAGGCUGUGUUGGAAUGAGCACUUUUUCUGUAGCUGCCUCUCACACUGUUGUCUGUUACUGAUUUUUUUUUUUUUUGAUAAAAGAUAAUAAAACCUGGUACUUUCUA